AUGAGCAUCAAAUUCAAUGUGAAUGGAUUCCCCUAUGAGGUGCAGGCGGCGGACUACGCCCCAGACACCACCCUCAACGCCUUUCUCCGGGAGCACCUGCACCUGACGGCCACCAAGUACAUGUGCCUGGAGGGCGGAUGCGGCUCCUGCGUCUGCGUCAUCCGCAGGCGACACCCUGUCUCCCAGGAGGUGCAGUCGCGGGCAGCCAACUCGUGCCUGACGCUCCUGAACACCUGUGACGAUGUGGACAUCAUGACAGAUGAGGGACUGGGCAACCAAGUUAGCGGCUACCAUCCGAUUCAGAAGCGACUGGCGCAGAUGAAUGGCACCCAGUGUGGCUACUGUACUCCCGGAUUUGUGAUGAACAUGUACGGACUUCUGGAGCAGCAUGGUGGCCAAGUGAGCAUGUCCCAGGUGGAGGAUGCGUUCGGUGGGAACCUCUGCCGCUGCACUGGCUAUCGCCCCAUCCUGGAUGCCAUGAAGUCCUUCGCGGUGGACAGCACCAUUGAGGUUCCUCCCGAAUGCGUGGAUAUAGAGGACUCCUUCGAGCUGCUCUGCCCAAGGACUGGACAGUCCUGCAAGGGCAGCUGCUCGAGACCUCCGCUGAGGGACCAAAGUGGGAGCCACUGGUACUGGCCCAAGUCGCUGGCGGAGCUCUUCUCGGCCCUCGGCCAGGUGGGAAACGGAGAACUCUACAUCCUGGUGGCAGGGAACACAGCCCACGGAGUUUACCGGCGACCGAGGGACAUCCUCCACUUUAUCGACGUAAACUUGGUGCCGGAGCUGAGGCAGUACAGCAUCGAGGCGGAUCAACUGCUGCUGGGCGGGAAUGUCACUCUCACCGAUGCCAUGCAGGUUUUCCUGCUGGCCGCCAAGAGACCUGGAUUCGAGUAUUGCUCUCAACUGUGGCAGCACUUCAACCUGAUUGCCAAUGUGCCAGUGCGAAAUAACGGCACUCUAGCAGGCAAUAUCAGUAUCAAGAGACAGCAUUCCGAAUUUCCGUCUGAUGUGUUCAUCACAUUUGAGGCUUUGGAUGUGCAUGUCCUGGUAUACGACAAUGCCAGUAGUCACAAGAUAAUGAGCCUGCAGUCGUAUCUCGGCGACUCCACUCCCAAAUCGGUGCUGGGUGCUUUUGUGUUGAAAGCAUAUCCAAAGGACAGAUACCUAUUCACAUCGUACAAGAUCUUAGCAAGAGCGCAAAAUGUUCACGCAUAUGUAAAUGCUGGCUUCCUCAUCGAAUGGCAGGACAUUCAGCGCAGGAUUGUGCGCUCUGCUCGCAUUUGUUUCGGCAACAUUCGACCGGAUUACAUCCACGAUGAGCAAGUGGAGCAGCUGCUCCCCGGCAAGGAUCUCUACGAUCCCGCCACUGUCGCCCAAAUCUUUCAACAACUGCCGGCCAGUCUUCAACCCGAAGAACGGCCACCGGAAGCCUCCCCGGAAUAUCGACAGAUCCUGGCCUGCUCCUUGCUCUACAAAUUCCUGUUGGGCACUGCUCCCAAGGACCGAGUUCGAGAUAGCUAUCGCACCGGAGGAUUGCUUUUGGAACGACCUCUAUCCUCGGGCAGUCAAACCUUUGAGACCAUAAAGAAAAACUAUCCGGUCACGCAACCUGUACAGAAGCUGGAAGGACUCAUUCAAUGCUCUGGCGAGGCAAUGUAUAUGAACGAUUUGCUGACCACCUCAAACGCCGUGCACUGUGCAUUUGUGACCGCCAAGCGAGUUGGAGCCACCAUCGAGCAGAUAGAUCCCUCCGCUGCCCUUCGGUGCAAGGGGGUGCUGGCCUUCUAUUCGGCCAAGGACAUUCCUGGGGUUAACAACUUUAUCACUCUGGGUCAACUGACUCCAGAAGCCGAGGAGGUCUUCGGUUCUGGACGGGUUAAGUACUAUGAUCAGCCCUUAGGAGUAGUUGCAGCUCUAUCCCACGAUGUUGCUGUUUAUGCCGCCACCUUGGUGAAGGUCACCUAUGCCAAGGACGAGCGAAGGAUCUACACCACCAUGAACCAAGUGCUGGCGGAGGGGCAGACAGAUCGCAUCGUGAGCUUGAGGAAAGAACAGAUGGAACCACUUAAGCUACCUCCUCUCGCUCCAGGAGAUGUUGAGGGAAGGGGCGUUAUUGAAAUGGGAUCCCAGUACCACUUUACAAUGGAACCCCAAACGACGAUCGUGGUGCCGUUGGAUGACAUCCUUCAGGUGUACUCCGCCACUCAGUGGAUGGAUGGCACCCAGGGAGCCAUUGCCCAAGUGCUGCGCGUGAGUGUCAACUCCAUUCAGCUUCAAGUUAGACGAGUGGGUGGAGCCUAUGGUGUCAAGGAAACCAGGUGCAACAUGGUGGCCUGUGCCGCUGCCUUAGUAGCUGCCAAGUUAAAGCGCCCAGUCAGAUUUGUACAGACCAUUGAGUCCAUGAUGGAAACUAUCGGGAAACGCUGGGCCUGUCGAUCAGAUUACGAGUUCCGUGCCCGGGCCAACGGAUCCAUCAUCCUGCUGACCAACAACUACUACCAGGAUGCUGGCUGUAGUCUAAACGAGAAUGUCGUAGACUUUUUGACACUGCCAACCCUUAAAAAUGUGUACAACCUGAAUGACUCAAACCUCCGGGCUAAAGGCAGUGCUAUUUUAACAGACGCACCCAGCUCCACGUGGUGUCGAGCUCCUGGAACAGCUGAGGGGAUUGCAAUGACGGAGACAGCCUUGGAGCACAUUGCCUUCACCUGCCAGUUAGAUCCCGCCGAUGUUCGUCUGGUAAAUCUUCUGCCCGGAAGCAAAAUGGUUCAGAUGUUGCCAAAGUUUUUGGAAUCCACGGAAUACCGGAAAAGGCGGGAUCAGGUCAAUUUGUUCAACGCACAGAACCGGUGGCGCAAACGGGGUCUGGGAUUGGCCCUAAUGAAUUUCACCCUUAACACCACCAUCGCCUUCAACUAUCCCGCCACAGUGGCCAUUUACCACGAGGACGGAUCGGUGGUCAUCUCGCACGGAGGCAUUGAGAUCGGUCAGGGGGUGAACACCAAGGCGGCCCAGGUGGCAGCCCUCGUGCUCGGAGUUCCUCUGGACCAGGUGCGAGUGGAGGCCAGUAACACGGUCAGUGGAGCCAACUCCAUGCUGACGGCCAACUCGAUGACCAGCGAGAUGGUGGGACUGGCGGUGCGAAAGGCCUGCGACACCCUCAACAAACGACUGGCUCCGGUAAAGGAACGACUUGGAGCCAAUGCCACCUGGCUGCAGGUGCUCCAAGCGGCCUACUUGCAGUCCGUCUUCCUCGUGGCCACGGAAUCGUACAAGUUGGGCGACAUACCCAACUACAACAUCUACGGGCUGAGUCUCACCGAACUGGAAGUGGACAUCCUAACAGGUAAUCAUCUGAUCCGUCGGGUGGACAUCCUGGAGGACGCCGGAGAGAGCCUGAGUCCGCACAUCGAUGUGGGUCAAGUAGAAGGAGCAUUCGUGAUGGGUCUGGGCUACUACCUCACCGAGCUGCUGGUCUACGACCGCCAGACGGGUCGCAUCCUCACGAACCGCACCUGGAACUACCACCCACCUGGGGCCAAGGACAUUCCGAUCGACUUCCGCAUCGAGCUGCUGCAGAAGAGUCCCAACCCGGUGGGCUUCAUGCGAUCCAAGGCCACGGGGGAACCCGCCUUGUGCCUGGCCGUCGGAGUGCUCUUCGCCAUGCAGCACGCCAUCCAGUCGGCCAGGAAGGAUGCGGGGCUUCCCAGGGAGUGGGUGCGACUGGGGGCUCCAACGACGCCGGAGACGGUGGUACUGAACUCCGGAAGUCAGGUGGAGGCUUUUGCCUUGCAAUGA